AUGGCUAAGGGAAAGCAGCACGGCAUGACGCCGAUCCGCGAGAGCGAGGACGGGACGUCGUCAAGCGGCGAUAACGUCGCAACGGAAGGCGAAGAGGAGGACGACGAGGAGCAGCGGUUCGCGAUGCGCCACUCAACGAGGAAUCGCCGCGAGGACGAGGACGAGGACGAGGAAGAGGAGGAGGAGGAGCACGCGCCUCUUUCGAGCAAAGAGGACGUCGCUGGGGGCAGCGAAGAGCUGACACCAUACGUGGCCAAGUGCUAUGGCCAUUUGGAGACGCUGAGGAAGCGGAAACGCGAGCAAGAGGAGCGAGUAGAGACGCUGGUGGAAGAAACGUUCGGACAGAUUGAGACCAUCAUGCAAGAAAUCAUGCGCGGGCUGCAGGAGCGCCACGCCGUCUCCCACGCACACUUUGAGGCCACGGAGAGCAAACUCUCCCGCAGCCUGCGGGAACACAAUCGGACAGAGAAGAAACUCAAGUUGAUUGCGUCGAUUCUGCUGCGCGAGGACACCGACGAGUAG